GGCUGUCCUGCGGUGAACAGAAUAGCUCGCCUCCACUUCUGACUUCACACCACAGGAUAUUCCUGAGGCUCUAGAUGGUGUAUGGAGCGGAGGUGCCCAGAGGGAGGAAGAGUUCAUUUUGAAUGAAGGCGCAUUAGGAGAGCGACAGACCACCCAUCUUCAGAGACUAGUCAUAACAGUUGGAUUCAGACAAUCCGUGACAAACAACAGUAUGAAUUCGAAUUCCAGUAUUGAUCGUGUUGUUCACAAAAGACUUUCUGGCACUUGGGUGGAAUAUUUCAGAAAUAAGUUCAUAAGUUAUCCUCCGGACCUCCCUGAAAUCAUUCUAGUAUUGUCUUCGAUCUGCACAAUUGGAGCAUUUUUGAACCUACGUUUGAAAGACUUUCUAAUUCCUCUGCCUGUAAUAUUAUUUUUAAUUGGAUGUAGUUUUGAAAUAUUAAGUUUUACAUCUGACCAGGUACAAAGAUAUGCAGAUGCCAUACAAUGGAUGGAUCCAAAUCUUUUUUUUAAUCUAUUUCCACCAAUAAUUUUCUUUAAUGCUGCAUUUGACAUGGAUGUUUACAUGCUCCAAAAAUUAUUAUGUCAGAUACUUUUAAUUACAAUUCCUGGCUUUGCAAUAAAUUAUACCUUAAUUUUUUGGUAUCUGGCAUCUGUGAAUAAAUUAUAUUUGAAUACCAUCUCACAGUUCUUAUUUUCAACUAUCCUUUUGAGUUCAGAUCCCAUGCUGACUGCAGCUGCUAUAAGAGACCUUGGUCUUUCUAAAGUCCUCGUCGAUUUAAUUAAUGGAGAAAGUCUGAUUACCUCUAUAAUAACUUUUAUUUUGUUUGCUAGUAUUAUGGAGAUUAAUGUCAACUUGAAACGCAUGAACCAUUCCUUAGCCCAUGAAAUCGUGAAUGAAAUAUGGUCAUGUUAUCUAGCAAGUUUCUUGUUUGGAAUUCUAAGUUCAAAAAUGAUUCAGUUGUGGAUGUCUACUGUUUUGGGUGAUGAUGUCAAUCACAUAAGUCUCAGCUUUUCAUUUCUGUACCUCAUCUUUUUUAUUUGUGAGCUAGUUGGAAUGUCUGGAAUAUUCACGCUGGCAAUUAUGGGACUUUUUUUAAAUUCUACAAGUUUUAAACCAGGAGUUGAAUCACUACUUCUCAAAUUCUGGAAUUGUCUAUCAUUUGUUGCUUUUCUUAUGGUGUUUACUUUCGUCGGACUUCUAAUUCCUGCACCUAUGUAUUUACAUAUAUCAUUUUCUGACAUAUAUUAUUCAUUAAGUGUAUACUUUACACUUAUUGCUUUAAGACUUCUGGUCUUUCUAUUAAUGAGCCCUCUUUUGUCUCGGCUUGGUGAUGGGUUCAGCUGGCGCUGGGCAUUUAUAAUGGUCUGGAGUGAAAUGAGAGGAAUGCCUAAUAUAAACAUGGCCCUUCUGUUUGCUUACUCUGACUUUUCUCUUGCAUCCGAGAAGGAAAAAUCACAAGUAUUGUUUCAUGGAGUUUCAGUGUGCUUAGUUACCCUGAUGGUUAGCAGAGUUAUUUUGCCAGUGGCAGUUAGUAAACUAGGACUUUGUGAUGUCACAUCAACAAAAUAUAAAUCACUUUAUUAUACAUUUCAACACUUUCAAGAAAUAACCAAAUCUGUAGCCUCCGCACUCAAAUUUGACAAAGAUCUUGCUAAUGCAGAUUGGAACAUGGUUGAGAAAGCAAUUAAACUUCAAAACCCAUAUGCGUUGAAUCAAGGAGAAACACCAGAACAUCAAAAGGUGACCUGUCCAAACUGUAACAAGGAAGUAGAUGGGACCCUUAACAUGGAAGCCUUGGAGCUGGCCAACAGGCGUCUCUUGUCAGCACAAAUAGCAAGCUACCAGAGACAAUACAGGUCUGAGAUUCUGUCCCAGAGUGCAGUCCAGAUGCUGGUAGGUGCAGCAGGAAGCUUUGGUGAGAAGGGAGAAUAUAUGAGUCUUGAGACAAUAAAGGCUUAUUCUGAAAGCAAAAAAUUUCUUAGCUUUAUUAGAAAAGUAUUGCUCAAUUGGGUGUAUAAUACUAAAAAGGAAAAAGGGGUCCCAUCAAGAUAUUACUUUCUUCGUCUAUGCCAUAAAAUAGUAUUUACUGAAGAAUUUGAGUGUAUCGGAUACCUUAUGAUACUAAUGAAUAUAUUCCCUCUUAUAAUUUCUUGGAUACCCAGGUUAAAUAAUAUCUAUGACAAUGAAUUAAGAAAUUCUAACCACUUUUUUCUUUUAUUUUAUAUUCUGGAGGCCCUAAUUAAGAUAGCAGCAAUGAGGAAAGAAUAUUUUUUACAUACCUGGAACCUAUUUGAAUUAAUAAUUACAUUAAUUGGCAUCAUAGAUGUAAUACUUAUUAAGACACAUUCUACUGGUCAUGCUUUUGAUUUGAUUCAAAUGGUAGUCUUUUUAAAAACUGUUCGACUUUUUCGCAUACUACGCAUUUUGAAGCUAAUAACACCAAAGUUGCUGCAAUUAAUAGAUAAAAAGAUGAGUCAUCAGAUAUCCUUAAAGUAUGCUAUACUGAAAGGAUAUGUCCAAGGUGAAGCAGAUAUAAUGACUAUAAUUAAUCAGAUUGCCAAUUCUAAACAGGUUAAACAGAUGUUAUUAAAGAAGGUAACAAGGAAUACGGUACAUGCUAUGAAAGAGCUAGGCUACUUAGAGUGUGAUCACCCAGAUAUUGCUGUCAAUAUGAAAACAAAGGAGGAGAUUAAUGUCAUGCUCAAUUUGGCUAAAGAAAUUAUUAAGGUUUUCAGGUUAAAAGGAAUUCUUCAUAAAAUUGAAGCUUCUGAAAUUAAUAAGUUAAUAAUGGACAAAAAAAGAGAGUUACUCGAUUUUCAACCUAUUACCAAGGCUCCUACUACUCUUGCAACACUAUACCAUAUUCCAUGGCUGGAUAAAAACAAAAAACAUAUAAACUUUAUUAAGGAAAGAGCCAAAAUUAUAACAUAUGAUUGUGGAAAUAAUAUAUUUGAAGAAGGUGAUGAGCCAAAAGGAAUUUAUAUAAUUAUUUCAGGCAUGGUAAAGCUUAAAAGAUCAAAGCCAGGUUUGGUAAUCGACCACAUAUUACAGGAGUCAGAGGAGAAAGAUAAUCAGAUAAUUUACACAGACUAUAUGAUCAGUGGAGAAAUAAUAGGAGAGCUGAACUGUUUAACUAAUGAACCUAUGAAAUAUUCUGCCACCUGCAAAACUGUAGUGGAGACAUGUUUUAUUCCCAAAAGUCACUUAUAUGAAGCUUUUGAACAAUGCUGUCCUCACAUUGAAUAUAAAAUGUGGCUAAAACUUGGACUUUCUAUUACUGCCAAAAAAAUCAGGGAACAUUUAUCUUAUGAGGAUUGGACCUAUAAAAUGCAAUUAAAGCUCUGUAACAUUAAUUUAAAAGAUAUACCAAAGGGCACCAAGACUGACAUCUAUGAUGAAACUGUAAUUUAUGUCAUCCUCAUACAUGGAGCUGUAGAAGAUUGUCAGUUACGAAAAGUUUAUAAGGCACCUUUCUUAAUUCCCAUAACAUGCCAUCAGAUACAAGGCACUGAAGAAAUCACAAAGGUAAUGAUUGUUCAAACUCCAAUUGAUGCGAAAAACUUCAGAUGGAGCACUAGAACGUAUAUACCUUCACGUAAACCAUCUAUUCCAAAGGCAUCAUUAUCUCCAGCUGGACUGAAUGAAGAAGGCCUUCAAAAUGAAACAGUUACUGAGAUUCAAGAGCUUACAAAAAUAAGUGAUGUCGAGGAGGAGAUGAACAUCUACGAGAAUGCCUAG